UUCCUCCAACUGCUAAACUGAUAGCAUCUCAAUCAUGAAGGGACUACUUUGUAUUUUACUUCCGGUUACCAUGGCAAUGGUUUCAACUACAGAAGCCUCGAGUCUAUAUUUUGAAGCGAACCCGGCUGUCAUCAAACCUGUACUGUCAAAGAAGCUUCAAAUGAGGUGUUCUGUCAGCAAUCGCACUUUGGCGCUGAUUAAUUUUUAUAAAGGGCUAUAUAAAGAGAGUUCAACCAAAGGGGCAUCGGUCAAUGGUAGCACUGAAGAUCGGCAGCAUGACGUGGGUCAUCUCAUGUCCAUCGUCAUCACCAAGUGGAACAAGGAGACUGACCAGAACGAGACUGUGGCCAGCGUUGCCGGGUGUCUGGCAGCUGGAGCAGAGUUCAACUUCCUGGGGAAAGUUGAGGUGGAGGGAAACACGGAGAGGUCACCUGUGUCAGGUGAGGUCGGUUACCUGAAGUUGACGUGGGACAGACCGCUUGACCAACACUCCGGCCUGUAUAGCUGUGAAGCUUCGGCACUGACGACGGAAAAACACUCGUUCUCUCUAAACGCGUCGUUACAAAUCGUGGCCCAGGAACCUACAAUUUCAGAUCUGGUCACGUACAUUUCUGAACACGACAAGAACAUCACAUCAUUGAAAGAGGAAAACCAAAAGCUCAAACUGGACCUCAAAGCUCUGAUGUCAAACACGACACAAAACUUCACCGAGUUGGUUAAGAAGAUGGCGCUAAUGAAAGGUCACAACAUUGAAACCGGAAGCGUGACAUGCUCUGCGCAGACUGUGUAUUUCUCACAGCAGUUCAUAAACACCCCAGUCGUUUAUGUUGCCAUUGAAUCGCUCAGCGUAAACACCGGUGGUAGAUAUAUCACGACCUCUCUGUCCACUUCUGAAGUAUCUGAUGAAUCUUUCGACCUGUCGUGUACUUGCACAGAUUAUUGUAAUAGCUUAGGCGCCCGUUGGCUUGCCAUUGGUUAAGUU